UUUAAUCCUCUCUGCAGGACUUCCUGUGUUCAUUGUGCCGUUGGUGUUUAACCACGCCUCGUUUCUGAAGGUUUAAAAGCCUUAACCUGCAGACAGAUUGUCAGCUCAUCACAUCAAUAAAUAUUUGACCCGUGGAGCAGCCCAGUAAAACCAGUCCUGAGAGUUUUUCAGGAACAGGUCUUAAUAGGAAGGCUUUUUUAAAUAGCUGAGGUGAAACCUGGCUCCGUUUGUCUGUUCUGCUGUGAAUAAAAUGCAACCUGGACCUGAUUGUUCAGUUUGUGUUGCCAUGCAAACAUAAUUGGCUGCAGAGGAAUGAGCAUCAGGCUUGUGAAGAAUCGCUCUGAGGAGCCCGUCACUCUAUCAUUACUGCAGAUCCAGCUGGCAGAUGUUCAGCGUCGCCUCAAGUGGAUCUCUGGGUCGCCCCUCGACCUGGCUCCCUCGUAAUCGUGUUAGGUUUCCUCCUGGCUGUUCCUGGGCGUGGCUGACUUGCUCCAUGCCACUCCUCCCACACUCUCACACUUUUCCAGGACGGAGUAAAACCCAACGUAGGCACACACUGUGAGCUGACGUGGGCCGAAGUCUGAGCCAGGCCUCUGCAGGAACAGCUGGAACCCAUCAGAGGACGCACAGCGGCCCCUUUAUGAGCUCUGCUGCAGUCCUGCUCUGAAGGCAGCGCCGAACACUCAGAGGCUCUGCAGCAUGGACCUCCUCAUGUCCUGGGCCGUCACUGACCCAGCUGUGGCCCGGCUCCUCUGGGUCCUGCUCCUGAUGGUGGCCACCUUCCUCAUCUGGCUCUUCUUCUGCUGCUACAGCUGGAACCAGAGUUCAUCGCCCUCCCUGGAGAGGUACCUGGCAGUGAUGGUGAAGAAGUCCAAAUCUAAAGCUCCAGCUCAGAGGAAGAAAAAGCUGAAGGAGAAGCCAGCAGCUUUGGAUCAGUUGGAGGAAGUUGUUCUGAAAGAGUCUGCAGUGGUGGAUCAGGAGGAUCUGGGUCCUGCAUCAGCAAGGAAAAGGAAGAAGAAGCUUCCUCCAAAAGCCAGGAUGGAAACCGUGACCGCAGUGGGAACUCAGAAGAACAUGGAGGAGGUGCAGGACAAGCCCAGGAGGAGGCCUCUGGUCCGAGCAGCGUCAGAGGAGAGCUCCAGUGAUCUGAGCUCUAUUAACUGCUCUCCGUUUCCGGGUGACACGCUGCCCUGGAACCUUCCCAAGCACCACCGAAUGAAGCGCUCCAAGUCGGCCUCUGGAGAUGUUCUGGAUCCAGCAGAGAGGGCAGUGAUUCGCAUUGCAGAUGAACGGGACCGGGUUCAGAAGAAGACCUUCACAAAAUGGGUCAACAAGCACCUGAUGAAGGCCCAGCGGCACAUCACGGACCUGUACGAAGACCUCAGGGAUGGACACAACCUCAUCUCCCUGCUGGAGGUUCUCUCAGGAGAGACUCUGCCGCGGGAAAAGGGCCGAAUGCGCUUCCACAAACUGCAGAAUGUCCAGAUUGCUCUGGACUUUCUCAAACACAGACAGGUCAAACUGGUCAACAUCAGAAAUGAUGACAUUGCAGAUGGAAACCCCAAACUGACCCUGGGCCUGAUAUGGACCAUCAUCCUUCACUUCCAGAUCUCAGACAUCCAGGUGAACGGUCAGUCGGACGACAUGACGGCCAAAGAGAAGCUGCUGCUGUGGUCUCAGAGGAUGGUGGAGGGGUACCAGGGUCUGCGCUGCGACAACUUUACCACCAGCUGGAGGGACGGGAGGCUCUUCAACGCCAUCAUUCACAAACAUAGGCCCAGUCUGAUUGACCUGAAUCAGGUGUACCGGCAGACAAAUCAAGAGAACCUGGAGCAGGCCUUCAACGUGGCAGAAAGAGAGCUGGGUGUCACCAGACUGCUAGAUCCAGAAGAUGUGGAUGUUCCCCAUCCAGAUGAGAAGUCCAUCAUCACAUACGUCUCCUCACUGUACGACGCCAUGCCGAGGGUACCGAACGUCCAGGACGGGAUUAAAGCCAACGAGCUGGAGCUGCGCUGGCAGGAGUAUUACGAGGUGGUCACCAUGCUGCUGCAGUGGAUCAGACACCACAUCCUCGUCUUCGAGGAGAGGAAGUUCCCCAACAGCUAUGAGGAGGUCGAGGUUCUGUGGCGUCAGUUCCUGAAGUUCAAGGAAACUGAGCUUCCAGCAAAAGAGGCGGACAAGAACCGCUCCAAACACAUCUUCAAGUCAUUUGAAGGUGCGGUCCAGGCUGGGCAGGUCAAGGUGCCUCCUGGUUAUCAUCCGUUUGACGUGGAGAAGGAGUGGGGUCGGCUGCACGUCGCCAUCCUGGAGCGAGAGCGCCUCCUCAGGACGGAGUUCGAGAGGUUGGAGCGACUUCAGAGGAUCGUCAGUAAGGUCCAGAUGGAGUCGGGGGUGUGUGAGGAGCAGCUCAACCAGGUGGAGACGCUGCUACAGAUGGAUGUAAGGAUGAUGAGCUCCGGGAAACCUGCUCAGCACAUAGCUGAGGUGGAGGCAGACCUGGAGAAAGCAGAGGGAAUGAUCCGCUUCCUCUUCAAUGACGUUCAGUUGUUAAAAGAUGGGCGUCACCUGCAGGCCGAACAGAUGUAUCGCAGAGUAUAUCGUCUCCAUGAGAGGCUUGUAAACAUCCGCAGUGAGUAUAACCUGCGGCUCAAGUCAGGUGUGACCACCGCUCAGAUCCCCAUGACCCAGGUCCACACGGCACAGGAGGACUGCACCCUGGAGCAGUCCUCCUCCAGGGUGCAUCCCGAGCUAGAUGAGGUCACCCUGCGCUAUGUCCAUGACCUGCUGGGCUGGGUGGAGGAGAACCAGCGGCGGGUGGACGAGGGCGAGUGGGGCUCCGACCUGCCAAACGUGGAGACGCAGCUGGGCAGUCACCGAGGCCUACACCAGUCUGUGGAGGAGUUUCGCUCCAAGAUCAAGAGGGCGAAGGCCGAUGAGAGCCAGAUUUCUCCUGCGAGUAAGGCUGCGUACCGUGAAUAUGUAGGAAAACUGGAGCUGCAGUACGGAAAGCUGCUGAAAGCCUCAAAAGCUCGUCUGCGCUACCUUGUGGAGCUGCACGCCUUUGUCAGUGCAGCGACCAAAGAGCUCAUGUGGCUGAACGAGAAAGAGGAGGAGGAGGUCAACUACGACUGGAGUGAACGAAACACCAACAUGGCCUCCAAGAAAGAAUGCUACUCGGGUUUGAUGAGAGAACUGGAGCUCCGGGAGAAGAAGGUCAAUGGUGUUCAGGCCACAGGAGACAAGCUGCUUAGAGAUGGACACCCUGCCAGACAGACAAUCGAGGCGUUCACUGCAGCAUUGCAGACUCAGUGGAGUUGGCUCCUUCAGCUGUGCUGCUGCAUCGAAACCCACCUGAAGGAAAACACUGCCUACUUCCAGUUUUUCGCCGAUGUGAAGGAGGCUGAGGAGAAGAUGAAAAAGAUGCAGGAGGUGAUGAAGAGGAAGUACACAUGUGACCGUUCGAUCACAGUAACACGGCUGGAGGACCUCCUGCAGGACGCUGCUGAAGAGAAAGAGCAGUUAGCCGAGUUCAAAACUCACCUGGAAGGUCUGAAGCGCCGAGCAAAGAUGGUGGUCCAGCUGAAGCCGCGAAACCCUGCGAGUGCCAUUAAGGGGAAGCUGCCCAUCCAGGCUGUCUGUGAUUUUAAGCAGAUGGAGAUCACGGUCCACAGAGGAGAUGAGUGCGCUCUGCUCGACAACUCGCAGCCGUUUAAGUGGAGAGUUCUGAACGAUCAAGGCAGCGAGUCGUCUGUGCCGUCCAUCUGCUUCCUGGUGUCACCCACCAAUAAGGACGCAGUGAACAGCGUUGCCGGGCUGGACGGGAACCUCCAGAGGCUGCAGACCAUGUGGCAGAUGAUGUUUGUGGACCUGAAGAGCAUGUUAUCCUGGCAGUACCUGAUGAGAGACAUUCACAUCAUCAACUCCUGGAACAUCACCAUGUUUAAGACUCUGAGGGUGGAGGAGUACCGGCUGGCUCUGAGGAACUUAGAGCAGCACUACCAGGACUUCUUGAGGGACAGUCAGGACUCCCAGAUGUUCGGGGCAGAGGACCGAAUGCAGGUGGAGUCCAACUAUAACCGAGCCAACCAUCACUACCAGACCAUGGUCAGCUCUGCAGAGCAAGGAGAACAAGACGAGUCUGUGUGUAAGACUUACCUGACGAAGAUCAAAGACCUCCGUUUGAGGCUGGAAGGUUGCGAGAACCGAACGGUGACGCGUCUUCGGCAGCCGGUAGACAAGGAACCUCUGAAGGCCUGCGCCAUGAAGACCGCGGAGCAGAUGAAAGUCCAGUCAGAGCUGGAGGGCUUGAAGAAGGACUUGAGCUCCAUCGCUGAGAAGACUGAGGAGGUCCUGGCGUCUCCUCAGCAGUCCAGCUCUGCUCCGAUGCUGCGCUCCGAGCUGGACAUCACCCUGAAGAAGAUGGAGCUUGUCUACGGACUCUCCAACGUCUACCUGGACAAGCUGAAGACCAUCGACGUUGUGAUCAGGAACACUGAAGAGGCUGAGGACUCACUGAAGAACUACGAGACUCGACUGCAGGAUGUCAGUAAAGUUCCUGCUAAUGAGAAGGAGGUGGAGGAUCAGCGCAGCCAGCUGAAGGCGACGCGUGGAGAAGCUGAGUCAGACCAGGCCAUCUUCGACCGGCUGCAGGACGAGCUCCGUAGAGCGACGGCCAUCAGCGACAAGAUGACCAGGAUCCACAGCGAGCGCGAUACCGAGGUGGAUCACUACCGGCAGCUGGUCAGCGGCCUCCUGGAACGCUGGCAAGCCAUGUUCACUCAGAUGGACCUCCGGCUGCGGGAGCUCGACCUCCUUGGACGCAGGAUGAGAAGCUACAGGGAGAGUUACGAGUCGCUGAUCCGCUGGCUGGGAGAGGCCCGGCAGAGGCAGGAGAAGAUCCAAUCUGUGCCCAUAGGAGACGGGAAGGCACUCGGGGAUCAGCUGGCAGAGGAGAAGAAACUCUUGGAGGAAAUUGAGAAAAACAAAACGGAAGUUGAAAGUUGUCAGAAAAAUGCGAAAGCUUACAUCGAUUCUGUCAAGGAUUACGAGCUCCUCGUCUUGACCUACAGAGCUCUCCAGGAUCCCAUGGCUUCUCCUCUGAAGAAACCCAGAAUGGAGUGUGCAUCAGAUAACAUCAUCCAGGAGUAUGUGACCCUGAGAACCCGCUACAGCGAGCUGAUGACCCUCACCAGGCAGUACAUUAAGUUCAUCACAGACGCACAGCGCCGCCUAGAGGACGAUGAGAAAGCUUCAGAAAAACUAAAAGAAGAGGAAAGAAGAAAACUGGCAGAGAUUCAGGCCGAAUUAGAAAAGCAGAAGCAGUUGGCUGAAGCUCAGGCUAAAUCCGUGGCCAAAGCAGAACAAGAGGCCCAGGAGCUGAAGCUGAAGAUGAAGGAGGAGGCUAACAGGAGGCAGGAUGCGGCUGCGGACUCCGAGAAGCAGAAACAGAACAUCCAACAGGAGCUGCAGCAGCUGAAGAUUCUGUCUGAGCAGGAGAUCAAGUCCAAGAGUCACCAGCUGAAGGAGGCGCUGGACAGUCGAACCAAAAUCGAGGAGGAGAUCCACAUCAUCCGAGUCCAGCUGGAAACAACAAUGAAGCAGAAAACCACAGCCGAGUCCGAGUUACAGAGCCUCAGAGACAAAGCUGCCGAGGCUGAGAAGCUCCGGAAAACCGCUCAGGACGAGGCAGAAAGGCUCCGCAAGCAGGUCACAGAGGAGAGCCAGAAAAAGAAAAAUGCUGAAGAUGAACUGAAGCGUAAAGCUGAAGCUGAGAAGGAAGCAGCCAAGCAAAAGCAGAAAGCCCUGGAUGAUCUGCAGAACUUUAAAAUGCAGGCCGAGGAAGCAGAGAGGCGCAUGAAGCAGGCAGAGCAGGAGAAGCUCAGACAGAUCAAAGUGGUGGAGGAGGUGGCACAGCAGACCGCUGCCACCCAGAUGCAAUCCAGAGCCACAUUAUUCACCGAAAAGACUACAGAACUGGAGAAAUCUCUGAAGAAAGAGCAGGGCACUGUCCUGCAGCUGCAGGAUGAAGCUGAACAACUGAGGAAACAACAGGAGGAAGCCAACAAGGCCAGAGAGCAGGCAGAGCAAGAGCUGGAGACAUGGAGGCAGAAAGCCAACGAGGCUCUUCGCCUCAGGCUGCAGGCUGAGGAGGAGGCCCAGAAGAAGAGCCAGGCUCAGGAGGAAGCAGAGCGCCAGAAGCUUGAAGCCGAACGAGAUGCCAAGAGGAGAACAAAGGCUGAGGAAGCUGCGCUGAAGCAGAAGGACAACGCUGAAAAAGAGCUGGAGAAACAGAGGCAAUUUGCUGAACAAAUAGCUCAGCAGAAACUGUCCGCCGAGCAAGAAUGCAUUCGCAUAAAGGCCGACUUCGAACACGCUGAACAGCAGAGGGCGCUGCUGGACGGUGAGCUCCAGCGUCUGAAAAACGAGGGCCGAGCUGCAGAAAACCAGAGGAAACAACUAGAAGACGAGCUGGCCAAAGUCCGGAGUGAAAUGGACGCUCUACUGCAGAUGAAGAUCAAAGCUGAGAAGGAGACGCGUUCCAAGACAGAAAAGAGCAAGCAGCUCCUAGAAUCAGAAGCUCUGAAGAUGAAACAGCUGGCGGAGGAGGCCGCCCGGCUAAGAACGGUUGCUGAAGAGGCAAAGAAGCAGAGGCAGAUCGCAGAAGAAGAGGCAGCAAAGCAAAGAGCAGAGGCCGAAAUGAUCCUCAAAGAAAAACUGGCCGCCAUCAGUGAGGCGACGCGAGUGAAGACCGAAGCAGAGAUCGCCCUGAAGGCGAAGGAGGCAGAGAACGAGAGACUGAAGAGGAAGGCUGAGGAGGAAGCUUAUCAGAGGAAGCUCCUGGAGGACCAAGCUGCCCAGCACAAGCAGGAGAUACAGGAGAAGAUCACUCAGCUGAAGGGCUCCUCUGAGUCUGAGCUGGAGAGACAGAAAACGGUGGUGGAGGAAACUCUGAGGCAGAAGAAGGUGGUCGAAGAGGAGAUUCACAUCAUCAGGAUCAACUUUGAGAAAGCAUCAAAGGAGAAGUCUGACCUGGAGCUGGAGUUAAAGAAGCUGAAGGACGUUGCAGAUCACACACAGAAGAGCAAACUGAAAGCUGAAGAAGAGGCGGGGAAACUGAAAAAACUGGCAGCGGAAGAGGAGAGGAAGAGGAAAGAAGCUGAGGAGAAAGUGAAGAUUAUUACUGCAGCAGAGGAAGAGGCGGCUAAGCAAUGCAAAGCUGCUCAGGAGGAAGUGGAACGGCUCAAAAAGAAGGCGGAGGAAGCCAACAAGCAGAGAGACCACGCUGAGAAGGAGGCAGAGAAGCAGGUGGUCCUGGCCAAGGUGGCGGCAGAGAAACGCAUCGCUGCAGAGCAAAAAGCUCAAAAUAUUCUCAGCAAGAACAAAGAAGAUGUUCUCGCUCAGGAGAAGCUCCGAGAUGAUUUUAUUAAUGCAAAGAAGCUUGCUGAAGCUGCUGAGAAGGCCAAAGAGAAAGCAGAGAAAGAGGCCACGUCACUGCGCCAGAAAGCUGAGGAGGCUGAGAAGCAGAAAAAAGCUGCAGAAGACGAAGCUGCGAAACAAGCCAAGGCUCAACAAGAUGCAGAAAGACUGAGGAAGGAGGCAGAGGAGGAGGCAUCACGGCGAGCUGGAGCUGAAGCUGCGGCGCUGAAGCAGAAGCAGCAGGCGGAUGCAGAGAUGGCCAAACACAAGAAAGAGGCUGAACAGGCACUGAAGCAGAAAUCCCAGGUGGAGAAGGAGCUUUCAGCCAUCAGACUGCAACUGGAAAAGACCGACAAGCAGAAAGAAGUGUUGGACGCUGAGCUUCAGAGAGUAAAAGGUGAAGUUAACGACGCUGUCAAACAGAAAGCACAGGUGGAGGAAGAACUUUCCAAAGUGAAGAAUCAGAUGGAUGAGCUCCUUAAAGUUAAACUCAAGAUUGAGGAGCAAAACCGCCUCCUCAUGCAGAAAGACAAAGACAACACCCAGAAACUACUCCAGGAGGAGGCAGAGAAGAUGAAGAACCUGGCAGCAGAAGCAGCUCGACUCGCCGUGGAAGCUGAAGAAGCAGCCAGGCAGAGACAGAUUGCUGAGUCAGAUUUGGCUGAACAGCGAGCACUCGCAGAGAAGAUGCUGAAGGAGAAAAUGCAGGCCAUCCAGGAGGCUACACGACUGAAGGCUGAAGCAGAGGAGCUCCAGAAACUGAAGGACCAGGCUCAGGAAAAGGCUAAAAAACUACAGCAGGACAAACAACAGAUCCAGCAGCGUCUUGAAAAGGAGACCGAGGACUUCCAAAAAUCUCUUGAGGCAGAGCGCACGAGGCAGCGGGAGGCAUCUGUUGAAGCCGAGAAGCUGAAGCUCAGAGUCAAGGACCUCAGUGAUGCUCAGGCGAACGCCGAAGAGGAGGCCAAGAAGUUCAAGAAGCAAGCAGAAGAAGUUAAAGCUCGCCUCCAGAGCCCCGAAAAACAAGUGCAGGAGACUGUUGUCCAGAAGCUGGAGACCCAGGUGCUGCAGAGCAGCCGAGAAGCUGAUGAUCUGAAAAAAGCCAUUUCUGAGCUGGAGAAUGAAAAGAAGAAACUGAGAAAAGAUGCUGAGGAGCUUCAGAAGAAAACCCAACAGAUGGCCACUGUCCAGCAGGAGCAUAUUGAGCAACAGAAGGUCCUUCUCCAACAGUCUUUCCUCACUGAGAAGGAGCUGCUGCUGAAAAGAGAAAAAGCUGUUGAAGAUGAGAAAAAGAAGCUGGAGAAACAGUAUGAAGAGGAAGUGAAAAAGGCCAAAGCGUUUAAAGAAGAACAGGAACGUCAGCGCUCAAUCAUGGAGGAGGAGAGGAAGAAGCUGCAGGCCAUAAUGGACGAGGCUGUGAAGAAGCAAAAGGAGGCAGAAGCAGAGAGGAAAAACAAACAGCAGGAAAUGGAGGUGCUAGAAAAGAAAAGACUGGAACAAGAAAAACUCUUGGAGGAGGAGAACAAGAAGCUCAGAGAGAAGCUGCAGAGUUUGGAGGUUGCUUCUAAGGAAGGUGCGUCCAAAACAAAGGAAAUGGAAGUUCAGACAGAUAAAGUUCCCGAGGAGCAGCCAGUCUCAAUGACGAUGGUAGGGACAACAAAGAAAGUUCUGAAUGGUUCAGUCGAAGUGGAUGGGGUGAAGAAAGAUGGAGAAUCUCUAUUAGAAUUUGAUGGAAUCCGUGAAAAGGUUCCUGCAGAGAGACUUCUUGACAUUGGAGUCCUGACCAAGAAGGACAUGGACAAACUAAAAAAAGGCAAAGUCUCAGUGCAGGAGCUUGAAAAGACGGACAAGGUCCGAUCGUGUCUCAAGGGCCAGAGCUGCAUUGGAGGCAUCCUGACUCCAUCCAAGGAGAAAAUGAGCGUCUACAAGGCCAUGACAGAGAACCAGAUCUCUCCCAACUCUGCUGCAAUGCUUCUUGAAGCUCAAGCAGCUUCGGGCUUUGUUGUUGAUCCAGUGAAAAAUAAACUUCUUUCUGUUGACAAUGCUGUUAAGGAGGAAUUAGUUGGGCCUGAACUCAAUGACCGUAUGCUUUCUGCUGAGCGAGCAGCCACUGGAUUCAAAGAUCCGUACACGGGAGCUAGAAUUUCCCUUUUUGAGGCCAUGAAGAAAGGCCUCAUUGAUAAAGAGCAAGCCACCAAGUUCCUGGAUGUGCAGCUCGCAACGGGCGGGAUUGUGGAUCCCAUUAACAGUCACAGAGUCCCACUUCAGACAGCCUACAAGCAGGGGCAGUUUGAUGCAGACACCAACAAGAAACUGACGGAUUCCAGUGACGAGUCCAAGUUAUUCACUGAUCCCAGCACCCAGGAGCCACUCACCUACAAACAGCUGCUGGAGAAAUGCACCAAAGACCCCGAGACUGGCCUGCUAAUAUUACCGGUGACAGAAAAGGCCCGUCAGAGAGAGAGAACAUACACAGAUAUGGAGACUAAAGAGGUGUUCAGCAGGUCCAAUGUUGAUGUUCCAUUUGGAAAGUUUAAAGGAAAAACUGUCACCAUCUGGGAGGUAAUAAAUUCAGAGUAUUUCACUGAGGAGCAAAGACGAGAACUGAUCCGCCAAUACAAGACGGGCAAGAUCACUGUGGAAAAGGUCAUCAAGAUCGUCAUCACAGUUGUGGAAGACAAGGAGAAGGACAGUGGAAACGUGUUCAAUGGCUUGAGGGCUCCAGUGACUGCCAGUGAGCUCCUAGAGUCCAAGAUCAUAAACAAAGACUUGUUCAACAAAUUGAGCAAUGGGAAGAUGUCGGUUAAAGAGGUUUCUGAGAUAGAUGCUGUGAAGAAGGCCCUGCAAGGAACCCCCAGCAUCGCAGGUGUCCUGAAUGAACCAACGAAAGAGAAGAUGCCUUUUUAUCAAGCCUUGAAAAAAGAUUUACUCUCCCCAGAGACGGCUUUGAAUCUUCUUGAAGCUCAGGCAGCAACUGGAUUUAUGAUUGAUCCUGUAAAAAAUGAACGCAUGCCUGUUGAUGAAGCUGUUAAAUCGGGUCUUGUUGGUCCAGAGCUGCACGAACGUCUCCUGUCCGCAGAGCGAGCUGUCAGUGGCUACAGCGAUCCAUACACGGGGAAAAAGGUGUCCGUUUUUGAAGCCAUGAGCAAAGGCCUCGUAAAGAAAGACCAAGGCAUCCGUCUGCUGGAAGCUCAGCUUUCAACAGGAGGAGUCAUUGAUCCCAUUAAAAGCUGUCGCAUCCCAAAUGAGGUUGCCUGCAAGCGAGGAUACUUUGAUGAGGACAUCAACAAGACCUUGAACCAAAACACAGAUGAGACAAAAGUAUUUUAUGAUCCUAACUCACAGCAGGAUGCCACCUAUGCACAACUCAUGAAUAAAUGUAUCACAGACAAAGAGACUGGACUGCCAUUACUUCCCCUGUCAAAGAAGGUUCCGAAGCUGAAAGAGGACAAAAAAAUAACAGAGGCCAAAACGAAAGAGGAUCUAAACCAGAAGACCGUGGAGCUGGAAUACGGACCUUUCAAAGGGAGAAAAGUCACGAUUUGGGAGAUCAUAAACUCUGAGUACAUCUCAGAGGAACAGAGACUAGAACUGAUCCGUCAGUACAGAAUGGGAGUGGUAACAAUUGAGAGGCUGAUAAAGAUUGUGAUAACGACCAUUGAUGAGAAAGAGGCCAAAAUAAAGGAUGAAGCUUGUUUUGAAGGCCUGAGAGAACCAGUCACUGCAGGCUCUCUGCUUGAUUCUAAUAUUAUUGAUAAAGCCACAUUUGACCAACUCCAGCAGGGUAAUAAGGCUCCCAAAGAAGUCAGUCAAACCGAUAAAGCCAGAAAGUACCUGCGAGGCACCGACCGCAUCGAUGGUAUCACUAUGGAGGACUCCAACGAGAAGUUAAGCAUAUAUGAAGCUAUAAAAAGGCACGUUUUACAGCAUAACACUGGACUGGCACUUCUUGAGGCCCAAGCUGGUACCGGAUUUUUAACCGAUCCAGUAAAAAACCAAAAAUACUCUGUGGAAGAUGCUGUGAAGGCUGGAGUUGUUGGCCCUGAGCUUCAUGAGAAACUUCUUUCAGCUGAAAAAGCCGUGACGGGAUACAAAGAUCCUUACACAGGCACUAAGAUUUCCCUCUUCCAAGCCAUGAAGAAAGAGCUUGUGUUGAGGGAGCAUGCUAUUCCUAUCCUGGAAGCUCAGAUGACAACUGGUGGAAUAAUCGAUCCAGUCAGCAGCCAUCGUGUUCCCAAUGAUGUCGCCAUCCAGCGUGGUUUCUUCAGUAAAGAAAUGUUGAAGUCAUUCAACGAACCCACUGCCGACAUCAAAAGCUUCACCAAUCCCAACACCAAUGAACAGGUGACUUACAAACAGCUGCUGGAGAAAUGUAUAAGAGAUCCCAACACUGGCCUGUGCUACCUGCCUCUGUCCAAGGUUGAGGCUCCUGCAACGACUGAGAAAUCGUACCAAUACACUGAGGAGCAAGCUCAGAAAGAUCUAGCUAAUACUCAAAUUGAGAUCCCACAUCAGAGCUUUGCAGGAAAGAGUAUGACCAUCUGGGAGAUCAUAAACUCAAACAUGCUCCCUGAAGAGGAAAGGCAGCGGAUUCUGGAGCAGUUCCGGUUGGGCCAAAUCACGAAGGAGAGGAUGGUCAUCAUCAUCAUCGAAAUCAUUGAACAAAGAGAGACUCUGAAGCUGGAGCAAAGCAGGUCAUGUGAUGUUAUCAGGAGAAGAGUUACUAUCGAGGAGCUCUACAGUGCUCGAAUUAUUGACCUGCACACAUACAACCUACUGAAACAGGAGAAAAUGAGUAUCCUGGAGGUGAUGGAGAUGCCUUCGGUGAAGAAGUACCUCUUUGGCACAGGUUGCAUUGCAGGGAUUUUGUCUGACAGUCCUCCUAAAAUUAGCAUUUACCAGGCUAUGAAAAAUGGCCAGAUUAAGCCUGAAGUUGCUUUGAAUCUUCUUGAGGCCCAGGCAGCCACAGGGUUCCUGAUUGAUCCAGUAAAAGACGAGCUCCUAACAGUUGAUGAAGCUGUACGUAAGGGCCUUGUUGGACCUGAGCUCCAUGACAAGCUUCUCUCAGCUGAGCGUGCAGUGACAGGAUACAGGGAUCCAUACAGCGGAAAAGUGAUUUCUCUCUUCCAGGCCAUGAAAAAAGACCUGAUUCCUGAAGAUUAUGCCUUAAGGCUUCUGGAGGCCCAGAAUGCCACUGGAGGACUGAUGGAUCCUGAAUACUACUUCCACCUUCCCCUAGAUGUUGCCAUGCAGCGUGGAUACAUCAAUAAGGAAACCCUUGACAGGAUAACUGAACCCACGACAGAUGUGCGAGGUUACAUUGAUCCAACAACUGAUGAGAAACAGACAUAUGCACAGCUACUGAAGAGGUGCAGAGUUGAUAAAGAAAGCGGACUGCGGCUGCUUUCCCUGGCAGACAGACAGCUUCUCUUCAAGGGUCUCAGAAAAAAAAUCACUGCAGAUGAGCUCCUCCGUUCACAGAUUAUUGACCAAAAGACCUACAAUGAACUCACUGAAGGCACCAUCACAGUGGAGGAGAUCAGCAGAGAACUGAAGAAGUAUCUUGAAGGCACCAGCUCUAUAGCAGGCGUGUAUGUGGAAUCCACCAAAGACCGUCUUUCUAUUUACCAAGCAAUGAAGAAGAACAUGAUCAGGCCAGGAACAGCCUUUGAGCUGCUUGAAGCUCAAGCUGCUACAGGAUAUGUGAUCGAUCCCAUUAAGAACCUGAAACUGAAUGUCGCAGAAGCUGUUAAAAUGAGUGUCGUUGGGCCAGAGUUUAAAGAUAAACUCCUCUCAGCUGAGCGAGCUGUCACAGGCUACAGAGACCCUUACUCUGGCCAGAUUGUCUCUCUUUUCCAGGCAAUGAAAAAGGGUCUCAUUCUAAAGGACCAUGGCAUUCGGCUGCUUGAGGCCCAAAUUGCCACAGGGGGGAUAAUCGAUCCACAAGAGAGCCACCGUUUACCAGUUGAAGCAGCAUAUGAACGUGGCCUCUUUGAUAAGGAAAUGAAUACAAUCCUCACUGACCCCUCCGAUGACACAAAGGGCUUCUUUGACCCAAACACAGAGGAAAACCUCACCUACCUGCAGCUGAUAGAGAGAUGUAUGACCGAUCCAGAGACCGGUCUUCGUCUCCUGCUCCUGAAAGAGAAGAAACGUGAGAGGAAGACAUCAUCUAAGUCUUCAGUUCGUAAACGAAGGGUUGUCAUCGUUGAUCCGGAGUCGGGCAAAGAGAUGUCCGUUUAUGAAGCGUAUCAGAAGGGUCUGAUUGAUCACCAGACCUACAUAGAGCUUUCAGAGCAGGAGUGCGAAUGGGAGGAGAUAACAAUAACCUCUUCCGAUGGAGUCGUAAAGUCCAUGAUCAUUGACAGAAGGUCUGGACGGCAGUACGACAUUGAUGAUGCAAUCUCAAGAGCCCUGAUAGAUAAGUCUGCACUGGAUCAGUAUCGAGCCGGAACGCUGUCCAUCACAGAGUUUGCAGACAUGCUGUCUGGAAACAUGAGCGGCAGCCGAUCACGUUCAUCCUCCUUUGGCUCCUCUUCCUCCUACACCUCGAGCCCAGUACCUUCCAUAAAAACACCAGCAACCACCUGGAACGACCCAACUGAGGAAACUGGGCCUGUAGCUGGAAUAUUGGACACAGACACACUGGAGAAGGUUUCGAUCACAGAGGCCAUUCACCGAAACCUUGUGGACAAUAUAACAGGUCAACGGUUGCUGGAAGCUCAGGCCUGUACUGGAGGGAUCAUUGACCCAAACACAGGGGAGAAGUUCUCUGUGGCAGAUGCCAUGAAUGAAGGACUUGUGAAUAAAAUCAUGGUGGACCGUAUCAGUUUAGCCCAGAAGGCGUACAAUGGAUUUGAAGACCCCAGAACUAAAACCAAAAUGUCUGCUGCCCAAGCUCUGAAGAAAGGAUGGCUUUACUAUGAAGCCGGACAGCGGUUCCUUGAAGUCCAGUACCUCACUGGUGGGCUGAUCGAACCAGAUGCUUCUGGCAGAGUCUCCAUUGAUGAUGCUGUCAAGAAAGGCACCUUAGACACCCGCACAGCCCAGAAGUUACGAGAUGUUAGCGCAUAUUCCAAAUACCUCACCUGCCCUAAAACCAAGCUCAAGAUUUCCUACAAGGACGCUAUGGAAAGAAGCAUGGUCGAGGAGGGAACUGGUCUAAGGCUGCUUGAAGCAUCGUCUCAGUCCACCAAAGGCCUUUACAGUCCAUAUAGCAUCAGUGGUUCUGGCUCUGCUACAGGAUCACGGUCUGGUUCCAGAACUGGAUCUAGAUCAGGCUCCAGAAGAGGAAGCUUUGAUGCCACAGGGUCUAGUUUUACAACAACCUUCUCGUCCUCCUCCUAUGGCUCACCGAGCUACAGCCGGCGGUACUGAGCGGGAGGCCCAGGAAGGAUGUGCUUUAAAACCACAACGCUCACCAGAUGCCUACUUCCCUGUGGAAUAAAGACCUCCUUUAUUCUGCUCUGCACUGGGUUUUUACAAAUUUAGAAUUUUUCAUUUUCUGCCAACUUAUUCCUUCAGUUCAUUGUAUAUUUUACUCUUGCUGGAAGGCCCGAGUAUGGUGCCUCAUCAGAUCCAUGAUCAUGUCCUGUAAGCAGUUCAUGAUCAUAAAUGUCUCAGUUGUACAUGGCUUUUUAAUAUUCAUUUUAGGAUAUACAUUUGGUCUUUCACAAACAUGCAUUUAUUUACUAAAAAUACUGUUGCACUGUUAACAGAACCAAAUUGGAUGUAAAAACUAAGGUUUCUGUUCAUGUGUAUAUUUCUGAAACAUAAGGACAAAAACCUUCUCUGCAGAGCAGAAUAUGGAGUCUAUCGAUAGUUUGCUUAAAGAAUGCCUAGCUUCAAGAUCUUUCCUCUCCUGGGCUACACUGCCAUAUUUACUCUCAAACGCAUAAACCUUCAUAACUAGAAGAUCAUCAUAAAUCCUGCAGGUGGAGCAACGUGUGCACACUAAAAUGGACAGAAAAUAAAGCAUAAAUGGCAAAAACCUGGAGACAUCAUCAGGACUAAUCUUUGACAGUUUGACCAACAUAUAUAAAUCCCUGCUUUUUCUGGACGCACAGAAAGGAACUGCUUCCAGCUUUUAGUUCUUCUCCAACUCUUUGCUCAGAUGUCAGCUUUGGACUCUUGGACGUAAUGUGGACUCUGCUCAUUAUCGGUUUAAGGACACAGUGCUGAAAACAUUUGCUGCUCUGCUGCUUGGUUUGGUUGUUUUGUCAAGAUCUGCAGAAAGUGCCUACAGCAGACACUUUCACUUCACUAGGUUAGUAGCAUUAGUAGAAGGUGCAGACCUCAAACUGAUGCAUGAAUGAAAAAGAAAGGUGAGCAGUCGGCUACAGACCUCAUACAACUAAAGACCCAGUAGGCACAGAGAUUUAUUAGCCAAGAUUCAAAUGACUUUUUUAUUUGGCAGACGAUGUAUUGAGACUGUAGUGAUGAUUGGUGACUGCAGGAAAAACCAUGAGUUAACAUUUCUUUGAGAAAGAUCUUUAAGCUUUGCAGCACACCCAGUCUUUGUAUUUGACACUACACGACUUGUUUUAAUGUUAACUCUCCUUUGUAAAGCAGCACAUUUGAUCUAUAUCUCCUUUUAUUUUCAUACUCUAUAUUUCUGCUUUGCAUGCUUUACUAACAUAUAAAAGAUGCAACAGUUAUAUCUUCUAAAGCCUAUUUUUUGCUAUGUUUCCAGAGGUUUGAAGGAUGUAUUUUAGUGAGGGGUCAUCAAGCCUUGUUUGAAACGGUGUAUUUAUAAGGACGUUUACUGUUGCACCUUAAGCCUGUAAAUAAACCCAGAAAUUAAAAGAAAAAAAAUCGAUGUAUUUUUGUUUUGUCUUGUCUGCUAUCUAAAUAAAGAUUUAGAGGAAUCACUGCUAAACUAAA